AUGCGCUGCUGUUUAAAAUUCAAAAACAUAAGAUACAAAAACAUAGCUAGUAUUAUAUUACACAACAACGGUCUCAAGGAAUUGAAAAAAUUUAAUUAUGUUGCAGAACUUUGUCAAUACAAAACAAAAUGUUACCAAUGUCAAAAGGUAAUACAGCGAGUUCGUGAUCUGCUAGACAAUAUAGAUAUUAUAAGAAAAAAUGAAGUUUUGGCUAUAUGCGACCAUUGUAAGCGAUCUAAUGUAAAAUUGAAGUGUAAGCGAUGUGAAUACAUGUUGGAGAGAUUUAUAUCAUGUAGAGUACAGCAAACUGAAAGUCUCAGAGAUGAAUACGCAGCUUGGUGGCAAACUGUGAAAAAUAUUCUAAUGACAAUUAUUGAUGUACAAAACACUUGUCCACAUAGGGUUUGCUUUGUUCGAGAUUCAGAUCCGGAACUUAGGAAACUUAUCAAUUUACUGAAAAUGCCAUCGCCAACGAUCCACCCUCGCGUAGAUACGUUUCCUUCCAGGAAGAUUGUACUGCCACUUUCUGUGGAUAACGAAACGAAAAAUGUUUUAUUAGAAAUAAUAAAUGAAAUAAGCUUAGAAAAAGUGUCAAAAGAAGACUCUGCAUCCGUUUUAAGUACAUGUAUGUGUAGAUAUUUUAACGAACGAAAAAAUGAACGCAUGCAUCCUAAAGUUUCCCUGGAGCUACCAGUUAUUAAAGACAAAGAGAUCGAAAGUUCAGAACUGAAUGAUGCAUUGAAGCUAGGAAUUACAGGAAUGUUAGAUGGUGACGGAGAUUAUCUCUCAAAACAAAAGGCCCUAAAAGAUUCUAAAAUGGUUUCAGAUCGUAGAAAAAAUAAAAGUUCAUUUAAAAAAAGCGGUAAAGAUGAUGAAUUGAAGUAA